AUGGCGUACUACGCUUGCAACACGUUCGAGCGCUUCAAGUAUGACUUGUUGAGAACACGGCACGUCGAAUUGCGACGUUGUUGCUUGUCGCUGUUCGAACUGUUCAAAGCCGACAGAAACACAGACGAGGACGACAGCAGGGAGACAAUGUACAGCAGAUCGUCAUUGCCCAGCGAGUUUGGAAAAGUGUGCGAGUGGGCAGCGUUGUACGGACACAUCGAUUGUCUGAGACUCGCUCGUGCGAUCGGCGUCCCUUGGGAUAACCGUUCCUGUUUUAUCAUGAAUCCUAUUACCAUGGGUAUGGUGAGAUUAGGUUCGGCGUGCGAAAUGGCUGCGAAAUCGGGCAAUCUGGACUGUCUACAGUAUGCACGGGACAACGGCUGCACGUGGGACGAAGAGACGUGUGGCAUUGCCGCAAAGAACGGCCACAUUGACUGUCUGCGGUAUGCGCGGGACAACGGUUGUCCGUGGGACGAAAAGACGUGUGCCAGGGCCGCGAGGAACGGACACAUGGAGUGUCUGCGGUAUGCACGGGACAACGGCUGCCCGUGGGACCAAAAGACGUGUUCCAGUGCUGCGAAGAACGGACACAUGGAGUGUCUGCGGUAUGCACGGGACAACGGCUGCCCGUGGGACUAUAACACGUGUUCCCUUGCCGCGAAGAACGGCCACAUGGAAUGUCUUCGGUAUGCACGGGACAACGGCUGUGAAUGGAACGAAAUGACGUGUGACAGUGCCGCGGAGAACGGCCACAUUGACUGCCUCGUGUACGCACGGGAGAACGGGUGUCCGUGGGACGAAAUGACGUGUGCCAGUGCCGCGGAGAACGGCCACUUGGACUGUCUCGUGUACGCACGGGACAAUGGAUGUCCAUGGAACGUUUAUACGUGCACCUUCGCCGCUCAUAACGGUCACUUGAAUUGUCUCGUCUAUGCACGGGAAAACGGCUGUCAAUGGGACCAAAAGACGUGUUCCAGUGCCGCGAAGAACGGACACAUGGAGUGUCUGCGGUAUGCACGGGACAACGGCUGCCCGUGGGACGAAAACACGUGUUCCCAUGCCGCGAAGAACGGCCACAUGGAAUGUCUUCGGUAUGCACGGGACAACGGCUGUGAAUGGAACGAAAUGACGUGUGCCAGUGCCGCGGAGAACGGCCACUUGGACUGUCUCGUGUACGCACGGGACAACGGAUGCCCAUGGGACAAGAAGACGUACCACAGUGCAGCGUUGAACGGCCACACGGACUGUUUACGGUAUGCACGUGACAACGGCUGCCCGUGGGACUAG